UGAUUUUUCGGCGCGGACCCUUGCGAGGCUGGCAAACCGAAGGAGAGAAAAGGAAGGGAAAAAAGUCGCGGCCAUCUUUAGAUUAAAUCUCCCAAGGACCUUCCCCAUCUCAUCAGGCCUUUUUCUUGCCAGAACGUCUCAGAUCGCCCAGAUCACACCAUUUCUGGCACGCAAAACAGACGACCGAAACGAUGACGGUCCUCGGAAAGCGCAAGUCGCGCUCAGCGGCCCCCGAAAAGCCAGCCAUCUCUGAGGAAGAAGCCCAAGCCAUCUUCCGCCGGCACUUUGAGGCGCAAUUCAUGCCACUCGAAGAGAGCAACCCGCACGGCGAAGCCAGCACCAGCGCAGACACAGAGAAUGACGGCGACGGCCUGGAAGACCUGCGAUCCUCGGACGAAGAAGACGACUGGGACGGACUCUCGGGAUCUGACGGCGAUGACGAUGACGAGGCCCCGGAGCCCAUCACGGUCGAGGUGGUAGACUAUUCGAAAAGCAGCGGCCCGAUCAACCCCCUGGCAGCCGCGCUGGCGAAGCGGGAAUCCAAGCGGCUCCUCUCGUCCAAGGUCCCCCUGUCGGACGCGGCGGCGGCGGUCGCCACCAAGUCCAAGACCAAGACGCCCACGGACGAGGACACGACGGACCUGCUCAAGAACGACCUGGCGCUGCAGCGGCUCCUCUCCGAGUCGCACCUCUUCAACCCGUCCGGGCACAGCUCGUCCAUGAUCGGGUCCUCCGCCGCCGCCGUCGACACGGAGCACAGCGGCCGCAACCGGCACGUGGCCACGGACAUGCGCCUGUCGGCGCUGGGCAGCAAGGCCUCCGUCUUCAGGCAGGAGAAGAUGCCCAUGAGCCACCGCAAGGGCAUCGAGGGCGCCAAGGUCGCCCGCGAGUCCAAGAGGAGGAGGGAGGCCAAGGACAACGGCAUCAUCCUGGAGAGGGAGGUCAAGAAGACGACCAAGCGAGGCGGCAGUGGUGGAUCCGGCCGGAGGGAGAGGGCCGUGGAUGCGCCUGCGGUCGGCAAGCUGAUGAACGGUAUGCUGAGGCUGAGCAAAAAGGACGUUGCUGAGAUCAACGGUCCGGUACGGAGUAGCGGCAAGAUGAAGAAGCGCCGGAGGUAAGAGGCAGAUAUCUAUGGAGUCGUACCAAAACGUUUCGGCGGGCGAGAAGCAAGAAACAGCGCAUCGCGCGUUCAAAGGUGCAAACCGUGUUUUUGACUGGCCGCAAAGGGGGAGUUUUUAUUUUUUAUUAAAUUUUUUUUUAAAAUAUGUUUUCAGCGGGUUACUUGUUCAGCUUCAACGGAGACAAGCUAUAUAGAUGGAAAUCUCAUAUACCCACAGUACCCAAUACCUAAUAGAACAUUGUUCAAACACCCUUCAGGAUGUCUCGUCCGACCAACCUUGCGAUACAACAGAAAACCACAGAGGCUGAAAUCGUGGUUCUAGACCAUCUGCAACCAAAAUGGUGCGUACAUGAGAAACCAAUUGUGGAACCUCGGACUACUUGUACACUUGUGUAGCUACUAUACCCGGAAACCCCAAGCUUGCAGUAACAGAUCACGGCACGAUCAGUAAUAUAUCACAUGGGC